CCAGGUCUGCUGGGCAUUGCUUCUGCUCAGCUGCUGAACUGCUGCCUCGUGGGUGGGCUGCCAGGGGCAGGCAUCCCGGCGGCUUUGUAUGACUGGGCUGGGCAGAGCGGAAUGGGGGUUCUCGUGGUGCUGUUGGGGAUGCCGAGCUUCCUGGUGGUGGCUCUGGGGGGCUCCCCUGCCCUCCACUGGGACAGCACCUCCUGCCACUUGGCCAGGCCCAUCCCUGGCAGCCCCUUGGGGUCCCUGAGCUUCCUGGGCAAGGAUGCACAGGGACUGGCCCUGUUCCACGCCCGCUGGGAUGGGCAACGGAGGCUACAGGCGUGUAGCCAGCAGGAUGAGCCGGCACUCACCGCAGCCUUCAGUGCUGUGUGUGCUGGUGAGAUCACCCGGGGAUCCUUCAUCCACACCCCUGGACCUGAGCUGCAGAGAGCCCUGGCCACCCUUCAGAGUCAGUGGGAGGCCUGCCGGAUGCCUGAGGAGAGUCCAGCAGGGUCCAGGCAGAAGCGAGCAGCAGGGCAGAGUGCAGCGCCUGGUGUGGGGCACCAGCGAGUGAAGAGAGGUUGGACCAUGCCUGGCACGCUGUGGUGUGGAGUUGGGGACUCUGCCGGGAACUCCUCGAAGCUGGGGGUCUUCCAGGGCCCCGAUCUCUGCUGCCGGGAACACGACCGCUGCCCACAGACUGUCUCGCCCUUCCAGUACAACUAUGGCAUCCGAAACUACCGAUUCCACACCAUCUCCCACUGCGGCUGUGAUGCCAGGUUCCAGCAAUGCCUGCAGAAUCAGAGAGAUCCCGUCUCUGACAUCGUGGGUGUGGCCUUCUUCAACGUGCUGGAAACCCCUUGCUUCAUUCUGGAGGAGCAGGAGGCGUGUGUGGCGUGGUACUGGUGGGGCGGGUGUAGAACGUACGGCUCCAUAGCCCUUGCCCGCCUCCAGCCCAGGACCCUCUACAAUGCCUCCUGGAGCUCCCCAGCCACUCCCCUGACUCCCAGCCCCCAGAACCCAGCCCUCAGUAAGCCUCGAUGGAAGCAGCACCCUUGGAAGUGGCCGCCACAGUGGAAAGAGUCCCAGCACCCCAGCAAAGCCAACACCACAGCCCUCCAGGUGCCCGUGGCCUCCCCUAGGCCUCAUAUGGCCCCCACAGCCCGGCUGGAGGUCACCCAUCCAGGCCUCCAGGGGCCAUGGGGUGGCCUAAAACCUCAGGGCACCAACCGGGCCUGCCGCAGCUUCCGCCACCUGGACCGGUGUGAGCACCAGAUCAGGCCUCAAGAGACCAAGUUCCAGCUGAUAAAUAAGGCCCAUGAGCCCCUCUUCCACUGCAAUUGCACACGCCGUCUGGCACGCUUCCUGAGACUCCAUGGCCCACCCGUGGGCGCCAACAUGCUUUGGGAGCUGCUGGGCAGGACCUGCUUCAAGCUGGCCCCUCCACCGGACUGUGCUGAGGGCAAAGGCUGUUCCAGAGACCCUAAGGCCAUCGAGGUGUCAGCUCGGCACUUGCGCCAACUUCAGCAGAGGCGACUCCAGCUCCAGGGCACAGGCACAGAUGAGGGGCGGGCACAGCCUUCAGAGCACCCAAGGGCCCCCAUGUCAUUCUAUGACCGGUGCCUGCAGCUGACCCAGGCAGCCCGAGGACCUGAGGGGCAGCAGAAAUCCUGGAACCAGUGACCUCAGUUCCAGCUCUCCUGGGCACCAGACUGGACCCUGCCCCUGGCUUUGCCAGGCCCUCGAGUCCCGGCCUCUUCUCAGUGUUUUAGACUGAAGCAUGACACGGGCUCUUGUGGACAGCCAGGAGGCUGGAUGGGGGA